AUGGCGUCAGAAGUCAAUAGUCCUUACCUUCUCUACUUAAACAAUCAAGCUCAAUACAACAGCAAUGGCUGAAUAAUUGCUGACGGCUGCGAAUACCAUAGUCUUUUCCAGAAAAUAAUUGAUAGAAAAGGCCAGCCAUUCGACGAAGCCGAAAUAUGAAAAUAUUUCCUUCAAAUAUCUUUUGGACUCGAAUGCAUACACUUCAAUAACAUAAUUCACGAAGACGUAAGGCCUGAAAAUAUUUUUAUUGACGAAUACAACGAUGCAAAACUAGCAAUCUCAGACGCUUCCCAAAGCGAAGCCAAUGAAUACAGCUCUCCUGAAAUAUUUAAUGGCGAGCCUACAUCAGACGAAAGUGACAUAUGGGCCCUUGGUUGUGUCUUAUAUUACCUUUGUCAGUUGGAGCAUCCUUUCAAUAAAGAUAAAAGCAAAAUAAUCAACGAGCCCCACAAUUCCAUCAGAAACCCAUAUUCAGACGACCUGAUCGACCUUCUCAAUUGGUGCUUAAAAAAAGACAAAUCUGAGAGACCUACAAUAAAUGACAUUUUAAUUAACGACUUAGCCUUUGAAAAAGCUAUCGACUUAAAAAUAAAAAUCCCAUCAGAGUAUCAUGAAGAAAUGCUGACAAAUGAAUCCCAAUGCCUAAAAUACUAUAGAAAUAUGCAAGCAAUCAAAGCAAAUCCUAAUAAUGGCACCGCUUAUAAUGAAAUAGGAAAUAUUUUAUAUAAUGAAAACAGGUAUGAAGAAGCUGUACAAUAUUUUAACGACGCAAUCAGAGUUGAUCCGAACUGUGGAAUUUAUCAUAGAAGCAAAGGAGAUGCUCUUUGCAAGCUGAAAAGAAGGGAAGAAGCCAUGGAUUGCUUUAAUGCUGCUAUUAGAAUUGACCCAGAUGACGAUUUAGCUAUUAAUUUUAUAGGAUAUGUGCUGUAUUUUGAAGGGAGAUUUGAAGACGCGAUAAAGAGCUUUAACGACGCAGUUAGGAUUAAUCCAGAUUUUGCUCUUUUUUAUAUAAAUAAAGGAGAUGCGCUUAGUAAGUUAAAAAGAAUAGAAGAAGCUUUAGAAUGCUAUGGCGAAGCUGUGAGGGUCAAUCCAAAUGAAGAUAGGGGAUAUAAUAGUAUAGGAGCUACCUUAUAGGCAUUUCGCCUAUAUUGCCCGAUAUGGGCCUAUACUUGAGAGCACUUCCUCUCCAGUUGGUUUGACCAACUUAUGUUGGCCAAACCAACUAGAGAGUUUAGGGAGUUUCCCUCUCAAGUUUCGGCCCAUAUCGGCAAUAUAGGCGAAAUGUCUAUAUUAAAUGAAGGCAGAUUUGAAGAAUCAAUAAAAUAUUUUAACGACGCGAUUAGGAUUAAUCCAAGAUUGCCAAAUUAUCAUUUAAGUAAAGGAGAUGCUUUGGAUAUGCUAGGCAAAAUAGAAGAAGCCGUUGGAUGCUACAAUGAAGCUCUAAGACUUAAUCCAAGUUACGAGUUAGCAUAUGUCCGCCUUGGAAUUGUACUAAUUGAAGUAGCUAAAUACGAAGAUGCAAUACAUUUUUUUAAUAUAGCAAUUAUGAUCAACCCAAGAAACACAUCUUACUACAGAAAGAAAGCAAAUGCGCUUUUAAAAUUGGGUAAAAAAGAAGAAGCUGUAGAAUGCUACAAAGAAGCUAUAAAAAUUGAUCCAAAUGAAUAUGGAUUAUACAACCUGCUACUCCCCCCCUCCAUGAGCGAACGAAAAAAUCUUGUUCGCUCACGGAGGGGGUUAAUUUUUUUUUAAAAAAAAAUUUUUAUAUAUAUUAAAGAAAAAAUUUUCGUAAUUUAAAAAAAUCCCACUUCUCGAAAUUGGAAGGCAGAUAUUAAUUUAAUUUUUAAUAUGUUUUAAAACGCAAUUUGUUUAAAAUUAAACAGAAUUAGCUCGAGAUUUCAUUAUACUAGUUAUCACUUAUAUAUCAAAUUUUUUUCCAUAAAAAAAUUUUUGUUCGCUCACGGAGGGUGGGUUUUUGGGCAAAAAAUAGCGAUUUUUCUAAUUUUUUUUUGCUCACGGGCGGAGUUAGGAUUAGUAUUUCAAAAUGAAGGCAAAUAUGAAGAAGCGCUCAUAUAUUUUAAUGAUGCAAUUAAUAUUAAUCCAAACUGCGCGUGAUCUUAUACAAAUAAGGGAACCACCCUUUUAAUGUUAAAUAGAAGAGCAGAAGCUUCUAAAUGUUAUGAUGAAUCGAUAAGACUUGACCCAAAUAGUGAUUUCGCAUAUCUCUAUACUGGAAAUACGCUAUAUUAUGAAGGAAAUUAUGAAGCAGCAAUAAAUUGCUAUAAUGACGCAAUUAGAUUGUAUCCAAAUUGCAGAGAUUAUUACAGAAAAAAAGCAAAAGCUCUGUGAAAAUUAGGCAGAAAUGAAGAAGCAAUUGAAUGCUAUAAAGAAGUUAUUGGGAUCAACCCAAAUGAGCAUAAGGCGUAUAACAAUAUAGGAAUCUUAUUAUAGAGUUUUACCCCUAUUAGCCCUAUAAGGGCAGAUGAUUCCCGGUGGAAUUAUCGACAUGGUCCAACCAACAAGUGAGUUGGUCCAACAAUGCAUUAAGUUGGUUGAUCCAACUUGAUGAUUCGACUGGGAAUAUCUGCCCUUAUAGGGAUAAUAAGGGUAAAAAUCCUAUACUCGAACAAGGUAAAAUUGCAGAAGCAGUCGAUAAUUUUGACAGUGCAAUUAGAAUUAAUCCAAACCACGCACCCUAUCAUUGAAAUAAAGGAAACGCUCUUAAUUCUUUAGAAAGAAAAGAGGAAGCUAUAGAAUGCUUUAAUGAAGCUAUAAGAAAUGACCCAAAAGCUGCGAUUAUAUAUAAUAGGGUAGGAUGUAUUUUGCUUACUUCCCCCUCUGUGAGUGAACAAACCAUUGGAAAAAAAUCCAAAAACCUACCCUCCGUGAGUGAACAAAAAUUUUUUUAAUAGAACAAAUUAUUUAUGAAAAAUAUUGAUAUAUAAGUGAUAAUUAGUAUAAUGAAAUCUCGAGCUAAUUCUGUUUAAUUUUAAACAAAUUGCGUUUUAAAACAUAAAUUUUAUAAAUUAAAUUAAUAUUUGCUUCCCAAUUUUUGCAGAUUAGGAUUUUUUUAAAAUUUCGAAAAAUUUUUUUUUAAAAAAAAAAAUUAGCCCCUCCGUGAGUGAACAAAAUUUUUUUGUUAAUUCACGGAGGGCGGAAGUUAAAGAAAGUAGAUAUCGAGAGUCGCUUAAGUAUAUUAAUGAUGCAAUUAGAAUUGAUCCAAAUGAUGAAAAUUAUUAUAUAAACAAAGGGUAUGCUCUCGAAAAAUUAGGAAAGGAAAAAAAGGCUAUCAGAUACUAUAAAAAAGCUAUAAAAAUUAAUCCAAGUUUUGACCCUGCAUUAUUUUGCAUAGGAAAUUUGCUAAUGAAUGAAGAGAAAUACUUAAACUAAAAUUAAAUCACUUACUCCCCCCCCCCCCCCCCCCUCCGUGAGCGAACAAAACCAUUAGAAAAAUCGCCAUUUUUUGACCAAAAACCCACCCUCCGUGAGUGAACAAAAAUUUUUUUAAUAGAAAAAAUUUUAAUGGAAAAAAAAUUUUGAUAUAUAAGUGAUAAUUAGUAUAAUGAAAUCUAGAGCUAAUUCUGUUUAAUUUUAAACAAAUUGCGUUUUAAAACAUAAAUUUUGCAAAUUAAAUUAAUAUUUGCUUCCCAAUUUUUGCAAAUUAGGAUUUUUUUAAAUUUCGAAAAAAAUAUUUUUUAUAAAAUUUAUAUAUAAAUUUUUUUUUAAAAAAAAAAAUUAACCCCCCUCCGUGAGCGAACAAAAUUUUUUUGUUCGCUCACGGAGGGGGGGGGGGGGAGUUAGAGUGAAUAGCAUAUAGCCAAUAUCUGCAGGAUGAUUACCAAAGAUAUGGUUCCACCCGAAUGAGAGCAUAACUAGCUCUGUCACCUGCAUUUCCUUAAGGUCGAAGAGUCAUGUUAAGUAAGUGGAAGCUAGUUAGCCUCCACAACUUACAGGCAGCUUUUUUUCGCCUUUCCCCAACUUACUUCAGCGUUUGUUUUACCUAAAGUCUCCUUCCUCGGAAGUGUCAAGAGGCCAAAAAUACUCUGGGUCAGACUCUCAACUUAUCCAAUGAGUCGCCAUUGUAUUAUGGAUAAAAAGUUCACGCUAAAACUGAGCCCCAUAAAGUUCCAUGAAAAAGAAAAGCUAGCAAAGCUAACUUAUUUUACCAAUGCCGCUUUAUUUAUGACUGAAGAGAAUUACAAAGAAGCAUUAAAAUAUUUUAUUAAAGCAAUAAGAAAUAACCCAAAUGACCCUGCUUACUACAUAUUAAAAGCAAAUGCUCUUGCUGGUCUAGGAAAACAUGAAAAGGUUUUGGAUUGCUACAAAGAAGUGGUUAAAAUUAAUCCGAAUGACGAUACAGCAUAUAACACAAUAGGAUCUAUUUUACUUAUUCUCCCCUUUUAAAUUGGAAUAAACAAUUCUAUUCCAAUUUAAACGGUUUAAAAAAUUAAUUUAUAGUCAAAGUUUUCUCUAUAAAAAUCUUUUAACAAUAUAAAAUCUUGAAAAUAUUAUAAAUUGAGUAAUACUUUGAAUUUAUUUUCUAUGAAGAAUAAUAAAAAAAUUGUGAAAACUAUUUUAAUAAGAUUCUACUUUCAGUUUUCCAUUAGAUUAGUAUUUUCACCUUUAAAGAAAUUUUUAAAAAUAUAUAAAUGUAUCCUUUAAAUUUAAUUGAUCUAUGCUAAAACUUUAAUAAUAUGCUGCUUGUAUUUUGCCAUUAAAUUAUGUUAAAUUAAUUUUAUAAAUUACUAUUUUCAUCGAGACAAUUUUGUUCCAAUUUAAAGGGGGGAGAUAGUAAAGGCCAAUAUGAAGAAUCAAUACACUAUUUUAAUGAAGCAAUUAAAAUUGACCCAAAAAUCACUGCUUUUUAUAUAAAUAAAGCAACAGCUCUAAUGUCAUUAGGCCAAAAUGAAGAAGCCCUAGAAUGCCACAAUAAAAUCCUUGAACUUUAUCCAAAUGAUGAUAAUAUUUACUGUGAUUUAGGAGUAGCAUUAUUUUAUUGUGGUCAACAUGAAGAAGCAAUAAAAAAUUGAAAUGAAGCAAUUAGAAUUAAUCCAAGCAAAGCAAUCUAUUACCUGUUGAAAGGCAACGCGCUUUUUAAAGUAAAUAAAUAUGAAGAGGCUAUAGAGUGCUGAAAAUCCGGUAUUAAAGCUGAUCCAAACGAAGACAGAUUAUACAAUGUAAUAGGAGAAGCUUUAUUGUUACAAGAAAAAUAUGAAGAAGCUAUAGAAUAUUUUAAUGAUGCAAUUAGAAUUAAUCCAGAAAAUGCUACUUAUUUUGCAAAUAAAGGACACACUCUUUAUAGCUUGGGAAGAAAAGACGAAGGAAUAGGAUUCUUUAAAGAAGUUAUCAGAAUAUAUCCAAAUGAAGACAGAGCAUAUAAUAGAAUAGGUGAACUGCUGGCUCAAGAAAAUAAAUAUGAAGAAGCUAUUGAAUAUUUUAGUGGUGCAAUUAGAAUUAAUCCAGAUAAUGCAGGCUACUACUGAAAUAAAGGAUAUGUUCUUAAUACCCUUGGCAAAAAAGCAGAAGCCACGGAAAACUUUAAAAAAGCUGUUAUAAUUAGUCCAAAUGAUAUGGCAUGAAAUUGAAUAGGAGUGCUAUUAGAAGAAAAAAGACAUGAUGAAGUAAUAGAAAUAUACAAUGAAAUGCUAAAAAACGAUUCAAAUAAUGAUGUCUUGUACAAUAGGAUGGGAUGCGUUUUGUAUAGAGGAAAUAGAUACAAAGAAGCAAUAAAAUAUUUUAAUAACGCAAUCAGAAUUGAUCCUAAUAAAUCAAAUUAUUAUAUAAACAAAGGAGGUGCUCAGGAAAAAUUAGAAAAAAAUAAACGGGCUAUUAUCUGCUAUAAAAAAGCUAUAAAACUUAAUCCAGAUGAAGAGGUUGCGCAUUUUAAGAUAGGAAUUAUCCUAUCAAGUGAAGAGAAAUACAAAAAAGCAAUAAAGUAUUUUAAUAAAGCAAUUAGAAUUAACCCAGAUCAAAAAUCUUAUUAUUUAUUCAAAUCAAGUGCUCUUAUGUAUCUAGAUAGAAAAGAAGAAGGCUUGAAUUGCUUUAAAGAAAUUAUCCGGAUUGAUCCAAACGAUUCUGCUGGGUAUAAUGCGAUUGGAAAUAUAUUACUUGAAUUAUAGCUCAUACCCCUAUAUAGAUUUCUUUAUCGAGCAAGAUUUAAUGGACUCUUGAACGACCAAAACAGACUCUUUCAGAUGAGUUCAAUCUCUAUAUCAGGAAGUUUUUAAAAAGUGACACAUGUCAAAAAAUGGUGACAAGUGUAAAAAAGUUGGCAAGUGAACGCGCCAUAAUUUAAAAUGGCUUUAUUAUUAAAUUAAUUUAAAACUUAAAUAUAGACUUGGAUUGAUUAAUAAAUAAAAAUCUUAUUUUAAAAGUCUUAUAAAUUAAUGAUAAUAAUAAAUAAUAAAUAAUACAUAUAAAUUAUAUGAAUAAAACUAAUCUAUGAUCUUUACAUAUUUAAUUAGCAAUUUUAAAUGGAAUUAAAAAUUAAAUUUUAUAAUAGUAUAAUGACUCAUGAAUUUAUUAUCGACAUAUGCAAUUUUCAUUAGCUAAUAUAUAUGGAUCUGAAAAUCCAAAACUUUUCGUUGAGGCUGCUUUUUUGUGAAUGGAUAGAAUUUUAAACAAGCAAUGCCAAUUUUCUUAUGAUCAACUGAACUCCAAAAACCAAAGUUUGUAUCCAGCGCUUGUGGUUAUUUUUGGAGUUUGUUAUCGACACUUAUUAUUUUCUUUAACAAAUAUAUAUGGACUUAAAAGUCCAAAACUUUUCGUCAAAGUUGCUUUUUGCGAAAGGAUAGAAUUUUAAAUAAACAAUUCCAAUUUUCUUAUGAUCAAUUGAACUCCAAAAGCCAAAUUUUGUAUCAAGCGCUUGUUGUUAUUUACAAAGUUCCUAAUGACUCAUUAUAUGGUCUGUAGCAAAUUUGAAUGGAAAUUAAUUUAAUAAAUAUACCGUGAGCACAGUUUUAGAUCGACCUGAGAACCCCCUCCUCCCAUCCCUUGACGGUUUCAGCUUUAUUGAAAUCUACAAAUUGAAUUUGACUUGUCAAAUACUUAGUCAGGGACUUGUCAUUUUGAAUAAACAAUUUCGUUCAAACUGAAAACGUAAAGGGAGUGGCGGAGGGGAGAGGAGGGGAGUUUCAGGCCGAGCCCAUAUCUAUUCUGAAGGUAUAAUCGAUAGGGUUACUUUUUUAUGGCAAAAGAAAUUUUAAUUAAAACAUAAUAUUUUAUAUUUAUUAUCUUUACUCUCAUUGGCAUCUUAAAUUUUAAAUUAAUUUAAUAAUAUAGCCAUUUUAAAUUAUAGUGCGUUCACUUGUCACCAUAUUUCGACAUGCCACUUUUUAACACUUCCUGAUAUAGAGACUGAAAUCAUCUGAAAGAGUCUGUUUUGGUCGUUCAAGAGUCCAUUGCAUCUUGCUCGAUAAAGAAAUCUAUAUAAGGGUAUGAGCUAUAUCGAAAUAUGAAGAAUCAGUGCAGUAUUUUAGCGAUGCAAUUAGACUUAAUCCAAAUUGCUCAGAUUUUUAUGAAAAUAAAGUAAAAGCUCUAUUAAUAUUAGGCCAAAAAGAGGAAGCUCUGGCAUGCUGUGAUAAAUUGAUUCAGCAUUUUUCAAUUAAUGAUAAUGCUUAUGGUAUUUUAGGGUAUUUAUUUUUAACUGAAGACAUAUAUGAAGAAGCAAUUGAAUGCUAUGAUGAAGCAAUUAAAAUUAAUAUAAACAAUAAGGAUAAGCUUUAUGCUCAUUAUUUUGAAAACAAGGGAUUAGCGUUUUUAAGAUUAGGGAAAAAUGAAGAAGCUAUGGAAUGCUGCAAAGAAGCUGUCAAGUUUGAUCCAGACAACGAGAACGCAUGCUCUUACAUAGGGAUUAUAUUAUUUACUAGCUUCCCUUCCAUUGAACAAAUAAAAAAUUGGUUCAUUCAUGAGGGUAAUUUUUAUUUUCAAAAAAAUUGAAUAUAAAUAAUUAUUUUCAAAAUUUAAUUUGCAAAAUUUAUGCUUUAAUAUAUAAGAUUUAAUAAUUAUCACAUAUAAAAUCGAAGUAUUUUUCAUAAAAAUUUUCUACAUAACAAAAAAUUUUUGUUUGUUCAAGGAGGGUGGCUUUUUCAAUGGUUUUGCUCACAACGGAGGGGAGUGAGCAUAAAUAUGAAGAAGCAAUUGAAUACUGAAAUGAGGCAAUUAGAAUCAAUCCAGAGGAAACUCAAUGCCAUGGAUUAUACGGAGAUGCGCUUGGAAAAUUAGGUAGAACUAAAGAAGCUAUAAAAAGCUAUAAAAAAUAUAUUAGAAUAUCUCCAAACAAUGAUCAAUCAUACAAUAAUAUAGGACAUUUACUGCUUGAUCAGAAGAAAUAUGAAAAAGCAAUAAAAUAUUUUGAUGAGGCAAUUAGAAUCAAUCCAAAUCAGACGGUUUAUUACAAAAAUAAAGCACGCGCUCUAAUUAAUCUAGGAGAAAUCAAGGCAGCUAUUAGAUGCUUAAAAGAAGAGAUAAGGAUAAAUCCAAAUGAAGAUGCAGCAUACAGUAGUAUAGGGCUGAUUUUAUAUGGCCAAAAGAAAUAUAAAAGAGCUAUAAAAUAUUAUACUGAAGCCAUAAGAAUUUAUCCUUAUAAUGAGAGUCAUUAUAAAAAUGCAGCACUAUGUUUCGAACAAUUAGGCAAGAACCAAGAAGCAGAGAAGCUAUAUGAAGAGGCUGAAAAGGUAAAGAAUAAUCUACAGGCCAUUUUAAAUUAA